CUGCCCGCGAUUCACUUGAUUUGGGCAUUUAAAUCGGUUUUGUCGUCUAUCCAGAGGUCAAAUAGUUCAAAAUUUCAGUACUGUUAUUAAAUCAAUGAUCGGAAUGCUAAAUUUUUUAUAUGUAUUGUGAUAAUAUGGGUGACUUUGAACACUCAGUCCCCCUUUUUUCAUCCGUUAUGUCUGUUUACUUUUCUUGAUCAUUCUCCUCCUUUGUUAACUUUUCGGCUUUGGUUAUAAAUUUUCAAGUCUUAUCAAGUCUUUGCUAUACACUUUUUAAAUAUGAAAUAUAUGUGUAAAGGAAAAGAAAAAUGAGUGAUUCGUCAAAGAAAGAAGAUCAUAUAUCAGAUCAUUUUAUAGCAGGGGCUAGUAGUGGUUUUAUAACAAGAUUUUGUUGUCAACCUUUAGAUGUUAUAAAAAUUAGAUUUCAGUUACAAGUUGAACCAAUUACUGAACAUCCUGUUAGUAAAUAUCAUUCUAUAAUUCAUGCAUUUUAUUCGAUAUCCCAAGAAGAAGGUAUACGUGCGCUUUGGAAAGGACAUGUUCCAGCGCAAUUACUUUCUAUUACAUAUGGAAUGAGUCAGUUCUAUUCUUAUAACUUGUUUAUGAAACUGAAAGACAAUUUUUCAUCACAUAAUGAAUGGGUAUAUUCAGCACAAUUUAUUGCUGGAGCAAAUGCUGGUUUAAUAGCUACAGUUGUAUCAUAUCCUUUUGAUACCAUAAGAACUAGAUUAGUGGCUCAAUCAAGUAAUCAUCAAGUGUACAACGGAAUUAUUCAUUCUUGUAGUUGUAUCAUGCGACAUGAAUCUCCAAGGGUUUUCUUUUAUGGAUUAUUACCAACAGCAUUGCAAAUUGCUCCACAUACUGGAUUGCAAUUUGCAUUUUAUGGACUGUUUACUGAUAUUUGUAAAAAGUAUUCUCAUGAAACUACUAAUACUUUUUAUAUCUCUAUGAUAUCUGGUAGUGCAGCUGGUUUGUUAGCUAAAAGUGUAGUAUAUCCAUUUGAUCUUACUAGAAAAAGAUUACAAAUACAAGGAUUUAAGCAUGGUAGAGUAGGUUUUGGAACUUUCUUUGAAUGUGAAGGAUUUGUAGAUUGUUUCAAAAUGACUCUGAAAAAGGAAGGAGUAAAGGGAUUAUUUAAAGGCUUGGUACCAAGUCAAAUAAAAGCUGCUGUAACAACAGCAUUACAUUUUACUGCAUAUGAGCAAAGUUUAGUAGCAAUAGAAGCAUUCAGAUCAUAUGUUUCCAAAUAGUAAUCAUAAUAAUGCUUUACAAUAUAUCAAAAUAUAUUAUGAAUCGAUUGUACAAGAAAUUAAAUUAAACAAAUGAAGAAUAGAAUAAUGUGAA